CGAAAUAUUUCUAAAGAGAGAACAAUUUAAUAAUAAGAGUGGUUCAAGAGACACCGAUGAAGACAAUGAACACCAAAAAGAAGACAAAGAUGAUGUCAAUGCCUCUUAAAUCAGCAAAUAAAUUCAGAAUGGGUUACAUUCAGACAUUAUUGUUAAUCUCUUAACAGCACAUUCGUCAAUCGUGUUGCACCUCUGUAGUGUUAUGUGCGAUGUGUCUGCCGUUGACGAUGCACAGAAGGCGAUUUCAGGAACUGGGAGGAUUUUGAGGAUACGAGUUUCCAAGGAACACUGGAUGAGCAUAUGCGUCUAUUGGAAUGGAGUGCGAAUGAAAACUUAUCUUUUGACUUGACCUUUACCUUUUUGCAGUACUUAAAAGCAAACGCAGACCUGAGGUGUAUUGUCAGGAAUCCUUGGUAUUCAAUGUGUUUCAGUAAGUAAGGGGGAAGAACACGAAAGAGCGCCAAAGAAAAUUUCAAUUUGGAUAAUCCUUCUUUGUUGAUGUGAUUUAAAUUAUACUCCUGGAGACCAGAACACACUAUGGGAAAUACCUAUACUCCAAGAAACAAGAACACACUAUGAGUGAAAACCAACGAGGGUCACAAAUUGCAUUUGGAUGUUCCUUCUAACUGGAUGUGAUAUUAAAUGAUAUGUACGUCAUCAGAGAACGAGUUAGGAGACCUAAGACUUAAGCCCACGGUGGAAUGGGAUAGCCACCGACGUUUGCAUUACAGGAAUUGUCAUAAACAUGAUGAAACAAGAUGUUUCACUGUUGCUCACGAUUUGCAACCUGCUAAAACCGCCAAUUGAAACCUGUUAAAAUCUCCAAUUGAAACCCUUUAAAACCUUCAUUUGAAACCUGUUGAAACCUUCAUUUGAAACCUGUUAAAGCCGCCAGAACUUGGAGGAGAAGAGGGAACACUUCGGUCAGCUCCUUCAACUCGUCCGUAAUGAUGAAGAAGUGCCUGAAAAAGGCGAUGACAGCCAUUGGCAUCGUGAAGGCGGUCAUCGGCAGGUGCUUGUUCGCUGCCCAUGGGUUUGUGUGUAUCUGGAGGGUGGUUGUGAUGAAGGGGGACCCCCUCUACUGGUGUCUGACAGGCUCUCUCCCGCUGCUGAUUCUGGAAGGAGUCUUUACUUUGAAGAAGAAGAAGGGCAGAGAAUGGAAAUGGGUCUGCCCCAGCGUGCUACUGUAUCUGGCGACUGCAGUUCCUGCGAUCUGGUUCCUGGAACUCAAUCUCCUGGACAGAAGAAUCCUAGCAGCCAGGACUGGUGGCAGAGCGUCUGUCAACGCCUCCAGGACCGAGAAGAUUACCGUGUGGAACAGCCAGAUAAGUCUCCCAGUCCUCUUUGCCCCUGACGACUGGUGCAAGAUACUGGAACAAAUGAUGCUGCUUGUUCUCAUCAUUGGUCGAUGGCUGCUUCCCAAGGGGGAGAUAACCCGUGAACAACUCUCCCAGCUCCUGCUGGUUUACAUCGGCAUGGCUGCUGACAUCAUCGAGCUGUUUGAAGCCUUCAAGGAGAAGGAAGUCCGCUACAACAAAAUCCUCACCAUGAUCAUCCUGUCUAUGUGGACGGCCAGCCUCCUGCAGUUCACCUUUGUCCUAACCGCCACCAAGUCAAAAAGAAUGCGUCCUGUCCUGUUCCACUCUGGGAGUUCUGCCUCCACAAUCUCCGUGGGAGGGAAGUCAUGUUGCCCUACUGAAGUGCUAUCCAUGAUGAUCAGUGUCAUGCUUCAGGAUGGGCCGUUCUUGGUCAUGCGAAUGCUGUUGAUAUUCCGAUACGGUGUCCUGAGCUACACUAAUCUGUUCUUCACAUGCAAGAAUACCCUUGUUCUUGUUCUUCAGUUUUAUCGCCUCUUGGUCCUAUUUUGUCAAAAGACAGACAAAUCCACACUCGUCAUUGCUAAGGAUGGUUUAAAUUCAACUGGAUCCAUUGACUCGAAGGCUAAAAUGGGAUCGCUUAAAACAACAGGGACUCCCAAGCAGUGUAAGAAGAUGAGUUUGGAUGUCACUCUUGAGAGGCCAGAAGGUCUGGCUGAGAGGAGAAGAUCGUCACUGAUGAGGCAAGACUCAGUCACAGAUUCCAGCCAUACACAAGACACGGAUGUGAUGGACACAGGAAUUGAAGAAGGCCAUGAUAUCAAUGAUGGGGACAUUGAGGAUGAAGCAGCUGAUUUGUCAUCUGCUACGGUUCCAGACGAAGAACCUUCAAACGACAAAGGGAAGUCCAAGAAGAAGGAGAAGAAGAAGAAGAAAAAGAAAGAAGACAAGAUGGGGAAAGGGAAAAGUAAACUGUCCGUGGACGACAAAGAUCACUGGGCUGAUGUCAGGAAAAUGGCAAAGGCACUGGCCUUCCUGAAUGAGACAGGGAAAUGUCGGACAGUGGUUGUGAAUUCAGGCGGUAAUGAACAUACGCUACUGAUUGUGGAUGAAGCGGGUGCCAAGGAACUGGUUGGUAAAGGACAUUGAAGUCCAGUGUGGUGGUUUUGGAUCAGAUAGAUGACAAUAUCCAUCUUGCGAUGCCAAGGAACAUUGGUUGGUGAGUGUAUUUAGUUGUUAGAUUCUUGUUAGAAACUCUGAAUUGCCUGCACGGGUCUAAUGACUCGUUGUUGGACGAACAAUGAUGUGAUGCCAAACAGAAGAAAAAUGUACAAUGUAAAAUGUGCAUGCUUAGAGGCCGACCGUUUCAUUUUCUGGGGCGGGGAAUUCAUAUGGUUGGGAUUUUAUAGAUAAAAUUAAUUGUUCCCGAAAAUUAUUGGAACUAAUAAUUAUGUUUUAGACGGUUGAAAAAAAUGAAUUAAGAUAUAUAAUGCACUUGAUAGACGAGGGUGGGCAUUGAAUAGAAACAAAUAUUCCCCCCUGAUGAUUGGAGUUUGAUGCCUUGGAUCCCACAGAGUGUGUCCUGGGAGGUCUAUAUCUUGUUUGUACCAAGGCCAACAUCUGGAAAAGUGGUCUUCUUUGUUAUGCCAGGUUUGUUUAGGUUCGAAAGUAUUGUUUUGUUUUAUUCGAAGUCGUAUAGAACGCAAUUCGAGCAAAAAAACUAUUUUUGCGCGAAAGAAAAAAAUUGGAAAUAAUUACAGAAGAGUUAUUAGGAAAUAGUUACUUCAAAAGAAUUAUCAUUUUUAGUGACACAUCUUUUCCAUUCCACAACAGAGAAUAAUAGACUUUACAUAGUACAUGAUCGAAUUUGAGCAGAGUGUUAAUCAAGAG